UGAACUGUAGCUUCUAUCAAGAAUAAGAACAUCAAAAAGCUACUGACGUGAUGUUAAGUCAGUAGCGACAAUACGAUGACAGAUAGAGAGUGAAGAAGUGUUUUGCUGCAUUAUAGAAUCGCAUGUACACAUUUGUUCUAUAAUUUAAUUUGAUCACAAAGGUAUAAAUUGUAAGAAAUGGCAUGUGACGCAAUGACAUCAUUACCUGAAGAGAUUGUCGUGUAUAUUUUGGAAGAUAAACGGCUUAACUUCUUGGAUGUGAUUAAUUUCAGUUUGUCAUGCAAACACUUGCACAAAAUUGUCAACGACAGUAACAAACUUUGGAAGAAUAAAUUUUUUCAAAGAUGGCCACUUCUAAAAGAAGCAUAUCAAGAAAACAAAAAAUUAGAGAAUCAACAAUUGAUUUGGAAAGAAGAAAUAAAAGUUAGUCUAAAUACUAGGAAGAAGUUAAUGUAUCAUUUAUCUAUGAUGUCCAGUAAACAUUAUUGGAAGCAGGAAUUAUCUGACAUUGAAUUUAAAGAGUUUGUUCCUUUAUUUCGCCCGGAAGAAGGUGCUCAUCCAUUAGGCUAUUAUUAUCUUAUGGAUGAACUCAUGAAUUUGAUCAAAUAUCCUGCUAAAGCAAGCAAUUUAACACAUAGAUAUUAUGCUCUUAAAGUUAUUCGAUAUUUGAAACAAACUCACUUAAAAAAUGAGUGGCAGAAAUUUAUAUCUUUACCAAGAAAUGAACAAACAUUAGAACGUGGUGCAACUAUUGUAGCACAGUGGAGCCAGCCUGAAAAGGAUUUGUCAUACUCAUCAAUAUCAUCGGCUUUAGAUAAUAUUGCGGAGCAAACCAAAGAACUACUCAAAGAGCAAUAUCCAAGUCAUACUAUAUUUUCAACUCCAGCAGAACAAUUUAAUUAUUGGAAGAAUCAUAUUAUAGAUGACAAUCAGUGGAGCAUUUCAGAAACAAAACAAGUAACAGAUGCACUUUGUGAAGUAUUAUUCAAAAAAUUAGGAUUUUAUGGAAAUAGUGAGAUGUACUAUUUAUUAGAAACAUCAUUUAUAGAUUGUGUUUUAGAAGAAAAACGUGGAAUUCCUAUAACUUUAGCAAUAGUGUUUGAAAGUGUUGCUCGAAGACUUGGUAUACGUUGUGAACCUGUUAGUUUCCCAUCACAUUUUUUGUUACGAUGGAAGGAAACAUAUGGCCCAAAUGCAAGGAAUACAGAAAACUUUUAUAUUGAUGUUUUUAAUGGUGGCGAAUUUCUAACUAAGAGAGAUUGUCCUAGAAUUGGUGUUUCUAGAUGCCCAAUAGAAAAAUACAAUAUCCAUGAACCAGCAACUGCUGUAGAGGUGAUAACGCGAAUGGCAAGCAAUAUAGAAAUAGCUGCUAGACAACAUACUCGUAUAAAUAGGAGAACUGCAAGACUUCGUUCGGCUCUUGAACUUCGAUACAUGAUAGAACCAAGUGAUGCAGAUAUAAUUUUGCAGUUAGGUCGUAUAUAUCUGUUACAGCAUAUGGAUUUAACUGAAUUAGUAAAAAUAUUAGAGAACAUGCAAAAGGAUUUAGAAUUGACAUCAAGAGGACAAGCAAGUAUUAUUUCACAGACAUUUAAAACACUUCAGGAAUAUCAAAAAAAUUUACAAUUGAAGAAAGAAAUAGAACCCAAGGAAAGAGUACCAGAAGUAAAAUACGCGAUAGGGCUAAUAAUGGAGCAUAAAAUACUUAGAUACUUGUGUGUAAUAACAGGAUGGGAUACACGUUGUAUGGCAUCUACAGAGUGGAUGAAUGAAAUGAAUGUAGAUGAACUAACUCACGGUGCAGAUCAACCGUUUUAUAAUGUUUUUGUAAAUGAUGGAUCGUGUCAUUAUGUAGCCCAAGAAAAUUUGCAACUAGCCUCGAAUCCGGAUUGGAUAAGUCAUCAUGCAAUUGGAAGGUAUUUUUGCAAAUUUAAUAAUACUCAUUAUGUACCAAAUGAAGAAAAAGCGAGUGAGUAUCCAGGCGAUGAAAAAGUUCGCGAUGAAUUACUUGCUGCUCACAUGCAAAGUAAUGUGUAACAUUAAUAAUUUAUUUUUCUAACUGAAAUAUAAGAUAAUAAUUAUUCUUUCUCCACUACAUAUUCCAUGCAUACUGUUAGAAAUCAUAUUUCUACAAAAAAGAACAAAGUUUUGUUUUUUAUAAAAACAUUAACAAUUUUACUUUUUUUUUAAUAUUAUGAAUAGAAUUUGCUUAGAUACUUUUAGUAAGUUUUAUACACUUAUUGUAAAUAGGAGAAUCAGAGAGUGCAAAAUUUUCUUUUUUUAAUACUGAAUUAGAUGUAAAAUUGUAUAUACGAAAAACUUAGUAAGUUAUAUACAUAUGUAAACAUACGAAUUUUGGAUUAUGUAAUAUCAUUAAAUAUGUAAAUGCAUUCAUACUAUUGCUUAGCGAUAACACUUAUCUUCUAUUAGUGCUGCACGAAGAUCCGAAAAAUAUACAAUAACUUUUAACUCUUAAAUCAAUUCGUAUGCGAUAUAAAUAUGUAUUAAACGUACUGUUACUUAUAAUAAGAGUAAAAAGUAAUUUAUGUUUUUACAAUACUUUGUUAAGUACUAUGCAAAUUAAAUAAACAUCAGUUGCUGAGCUACAAAUAGUAAUUAAAUUGUACUUUUCGAUACAGUGUCGAAAUAUGUAAAUUAUUAACGAGUAAUGUACAACGUGAUUUGAAAUAGUGUUAAAGUUAAUUAAGAUUUAAGUGUAUAACGGAUAGAACGAUAAAGGAUAUUUACUUAGUUGUGCACUUUAUUUUAUUUUUCUGUCAUGGGCUGUGCUCAUUUUAUGUAGGUAUAUUUGCAAUCAACCACAUAAGAACAAUACAAAAUUUGUUGUCACUAUACUUGUAAUACCAUAACCAUUGAAAAAAUAAAACAUUGAGUAUUUAGAUACUAUACAAUAUAUUAAUAUUUUAGUCUAAAUAAACUUGAUUUUUUUUGAAAGUGUAAUAUACACG